ACAAAAGAUAGUUUUCAGUUUCAAUGUCAACUUUCAACAAAUGUCAAAUUUCAAAUAAAUCGAAAGUGAAUUAUAUUGGGGGACAAAUUAUGAGUAUACCAUAACCUUAAAAAAUGUCUGCAACAAGAACCGAUGCCUCAUCUGAAGCACUCAGUCGUUUGGUAGAUGUUCCAGACAUAUCUUAUACUGGACAAUAUGUGGAUAAUUUUAAAGAAGGUGACGGAAGUUAUAAAUGGGAAUACAAUAGGAGUACUCAAAUUUAUACCGGUAGUUUCUUAAAAAACAACUUUCACGGUAAAGGAUUUUACAAGUUCGAUCAUCCAGACAAAAAGUUCUUUUAUGAUGGACAAUUAUAUGCCAAUAAAUUUGAAGGUUAUGGUAACAUAUUUUAUUCAAAUAACGAAAAGUUUGAGGGGCUUUUUAAGAAUAACUACAGAUUUGGACCUGGAAUUUUUACGUACCCAGAUGGCAGUCAAGAUGUUGGUAUGUGGAAAGAUGAUUGUCUAAUAAGAUUGUCUGUCAUACUUUCCUCAGACGAUGUACCAAAAUUAGCUAAAUCUAAUGUAGGAAAAAUUAAACUCCUCAAAUAUAAGCAUAUAAUUCCUGUUUGUCCGAAAUUCAACUGUGCUGCAACAGAGCUUCUCACUGACUUAGAAAUUGACGAAAGAAUUAAAAGUAACGUUAAAAAUUUCUACAAUUAUGAUGUGAGAAACCCAAAAAGCGUAUUUUUCGAUAAAAAACUUUUUGACGACAACUUUUACACUGAAAACGACUGUCUAAUAGAAGUGGCUUAUCCUGAAGGCGAAUUUUAUGGAGAAGGAGAGGAACAAUACGAGAAAGAUAACCGCACUUACCGCUAUAACUUUAUUUGCGAUGAAAUAAAUUUACUUAAUGAACGCAUUGAACAAUUAGAACUAGAAAAAAAGUAUUUUCUUGAUCAAAGGAUGUUAUGUGAAAUUUGUUGCUAUCCACCCGAAGAAGAAUACACUGUUGUUAAUAAUGACGAUACUUCGAUCACUACAGUAGGACUAAUGCAAAGUACUCGAGAACCCAGUCACAGCCUUUUCAGUGGUCUAUCAGAUCUGCCAAGUCUUGGUUUAGACACGAAUACAUACGUUACGGAAUUAUCUGAUAAUAUCGAGAUGGAAUACCCUGGGGAAGUUGAUGAACCGCUUGGAUCCAUGGUUUACAUCAAGUUUUGUCACUGCGACUUUCAUGAAGAUUGGAAUAAACAUCUUGAUACCAUUUACAAUGAAGAACAACUGAUUAAAAACAUAAUUGAAUAUUUAAAAACUAGAUUGUAUAAGGAAUUUGGAGCAAAUCGCGAAUAUCAAAAAAUACCAACAAAAAAAUUAUUGAUUAAUGAAUUAAUAUCAACAAGUAAUCAACCGAUAUAUACGUCAGUUUUACGUCAUAUAUUUUUAAACAGAAAAUCUGAAAAUAUUGUUAGUUUUAAUGUAUGCAAUCUCAUAACCGGCAAAGUUCAAGAGAGAAGAAAAGGCAGAUAUGAAUUGAAAAAUAUUAAAUUUCUUAAUUUUUGCUCAAGUGGAACUGGUAACGAAAUCCUUGAUAUCUAUGUAAAUUCUAACAUCAACCCUGAUAUUUGUGAUAAUCAUGGUAACUCAGGAGUCAUAUUCGCCUCUGCUAAGGAUAAUUGUGAAGUUAUUGAGGUAUUGGCCACUUUAGGGUGCAAUUUGGAUUACUGCAACGAUGAAGGUAUAAGUGCUUUGAAUAUGUGUCUAUUACGAUAUCUCAGUAUCGUAUAUAAAGUUUCCUUAUGGGAAGCAGCUUUUUUGGAUUCUGUAAAUCUAGACGAAAAUGAAAAAAAGGAUGUCAAUACUUGGUGUCCUCAUAAAUCAUUGAGUAGUCUAAGUAGUUACAAAGAAAGUGAGGAAAAUUUACAUUUUCCAAAAUCAGAUGAUAACAUAAAGAUAGUAUCUAAUGAUGACUACAUAUUCCGAACAGACCUAGUGCCUCGAUUAAGAACUGAAAAGGUGAAAAGUGGUACAGGUAAAGGCAAAAAUAGUGAGUCAUCUAAAGAACAACCUCCUAUUGAAAACACUGUAUCCGAUUUAUUCAAAAAAUUACCACAAAUAAUACGUACUAUAAAAUGUUUAAUAGAGAGUGGGGCAGAUCCAAAUGUUUGCGAUGUUCCAAUUCCCACAAUCUUCUUAGCCACUUUUUCAAGGAGUCCGCAUUUGGUCGCAUUUAUUUUACCACACGUGGAUGCUGAAGCUACGUUUACAAAAUAUUGUCUAAGUCCCUUACAUGUAAUAGCUUGUUUAAAACCCUGUAUAGAAAACAUAAAAAUAUGUGGCGUGCUGUUACAACAUAUAGAUCCUGACAAGAGAGCUUCAACAAAUCAUUGGAUUGAAAGGAAAAGACUUAUAAUAGGUAAAGAUAUUAAUGAUGAAGAGAUUACUGACACAGGCAAAAACGCCUUACACAUACUUUGUCUUCGUCAGGAUUUUCAUCUUGAUGAUUGUAAUUACUUUAUGAAAAUGUUCCUUUUAUUAAGACAAAAGUUAAAAAGACAAGGUAAUUAUUUGGGACACACUUAUCUGUCUCUUGCAGUAUUGUCUGGAAAUUUAAAAUUAAUUCAAGCAAUGUUAAAGACUAAUGCUUAUAAUCCUAAUGCCGUUUUAAAUAACAAUAUGGGCAACAUUAACACUUUAUUCAUAUUAAAGAGAUAUAAAGAUUAUCAUCCUGUAGAAGUUGCAAAAGAAAUAAUGAAAUUCGUCGUUGAUUGUGGCGGAAAUCCACUGUACCCGAUCAAAGAUUUCGAAAAUAGUAUUGCCUUUAUGGAAAAAGAACAUGAAGUUAUUGUAAUACCAAAAGAUAAGAAAGAUAAAAACAAAAUAGGCAAAAAUGAUAAAAAAAGCAAAAAAACAAAAAGCAAUAAAAGUAAAUCGACUAAAAAAGGAAAAGGAAAACUCACUUCAGAAGAUAUUCUUAAGAAUUAUUUAUGUGAAUUGGCUCGGGAGACUAUUUUAAAAUUUCAUCAAGUGAAACUAAUAAAGGAGUUCUAUAAUCUGGCUGAGGAGGGUAUUUUGGAACAGCCCAUGUUUAAAUAUUUAAGUCAAUUCAUAACCCCAUCCAUUGCACAUCAAAAUUUGAAAUCUUUAUUUCAAAACGCAACCAUCCCAUUCGAAAGAUUUGAUAAACUGGUAUGCAUAGACCUCAUCAAGUUCAUUGAACGCAAUCAAAAGAAAGAAAAAAAGAAGAAGGGAAAAGGAAAAGAAGGAGGUAAAAAAGAAGAGAAAGACAAAAAAUCUAAGAAAGGCAAAGCCAGUAAAACGUCUUUAAAAACCCCAACUUCGAUAACAAUUAAUUGGAACGAAGUCGUUCGUGAAAUUGAUUUUAAACCAAUUACUAAUCAAAUCAAUCAAUAUAAAAUUAUUGAAUAUGGACUUCACCCUUCGGAAAUAAAGGACGAACAACUUUAUAAAGUGUGUUUUAAUUGUCUGAAAGGAAGGGAUAAACAACUGCUCGCAUGUCCAAAAUGCGAAUUAGUGUUCUUCUGUUCUGAAAAUUGCAACAAAGAAGCAAACAAACUAAACACAUUUCACAAUUGCAAACAAGUUUUUUAUAAUAAGAUAAAAAAGAAAUUGACAACACUUAAAUCGAAUGAACAAGAACUUGCAUCAGUUGGUAUAUUUGAGAAGGCCCAACUAAAUUGUGACGAUAGAUACGUUAACUUGAUGGUAAAGAAACAACUUGAGGCAAAGGAACUUGAAAGAAUUAGGAAUAAUAACGAUCCUUACGGAUUAAACAGAUUAAGAAAUGAACAAAACCAAGAGAAUAAACAUCGCAGAUCUGUAUGUUUUCUGACAAGUGAAUUAAAUCCUUCUAUGAUUUUUAAAAUGGUGAAUUUGAUACAUACAAAAUACUCUGAUAAAAAUAUAGUGGAGGCGCAACACGAAUCACAUGAAAUUCCGAAGAUAACAACUAAUGUUCAAUGCAGUACAUCCGAAAAUGAAAAAACCUGGAAAGAAACACAGAAUUUGAAAUUUCCUCCGAACAAUUUGUCAUGGGUUUCUAGCACAAAACUAGAUGUAUUCCCUGAUGUGGUACUUAACUCAAUGAAGAAAAAAAAUUGCAAUCCAAAGACAUGUGAAAAAAGACCAUGUAGCGGAGAUGUUGCAAAGAAAAAAGAGAUAUACGAUGUAAAAAAAUACUUUGAUCAAAUGUCGACUAAAAAGCAAGCAAAUCAACUAACGAACGUGGACCACACUGUAAAUUUUUUAAAGCGGAUCACGCGACUACCUGAAAAAUAUCAAUAUUUCGUAGAACUAUUGGCUAGAUAUUUUCCGGAUUUGGAUAUCUCCCAACUCUUUGUUCCCUACGCCUGUUAUAGUGGAGGACAGUUGUUUUAUAAAUUUCUCGAGGGUGAUGUUUUUGCUCAGACUUACAGUGCUAUCUAAUUAAAUACAAAAUGAAAUUUUUAUAUAUUGCAUUGUAAAUUAAUGUAUCUAAUAAACAUUAU